CUCUCGAGCAUCUUCGCUUACACCUGACCGGUGAACCACCAGCAAACCCACAACCUACGACAUGAAGUGCUUCGCUGCAAUCCUGCUUUUGGCCCUCAUCGCCACGGCCUACACCGCCAAGCUGCCAGCCGCUGCUGAACCGAAGCCAGAGGCCGAAGCGGAAUCCUCAUCCCCCAGCGGCGAGGCAAGGAACAAGCGCGGCCUCCUCUACACCGGAGCCUACGCUGCCCCGUACGCCGCGGCCUACAGCUACCCGGCAUACACCUCCGCCUACAGCUACCCGGUUGCCUACAGCUCUCCCGUCGCUUACACCGCGGCUUACCGCUCCUACUACCCCGGAUACUACGGAUCCCUCGUCAUCGGUUAGAUCAGCCUACGACAGUUCCAAAUUCUGAGGGCCGUGGGAGUCGUUGCUGGCGUUGACAUUUUUUUACCAUGGAUAAUUCGUGUUGCGCAUACAUGGGCGAGCUCGACGAUUGUCGCGUGCCAUUUUGGUACUACAUUUUUGGGCCAUUAAACAGUGUUAACAGUAUAAUUAUACACUGCAAACAGUUUUCAAUUUCGAAAUCCGUGGAAAUUGCGAUGCGAAACUUGUUUGCGACCAGCCGUGCCAGGCACUCUUUGUACACUCUAUAAAUAUGUUACAUUGUUACGUUUUUAGUAUAUGUAUUGACAAUUAAGUAUUAUCACGAAAUAUAUACAUACAUAUAUAUAUCAUUGCAUAUAUAAAACUCAAAACUCGUUUGUGGUUA